AUGUCAAAUCGUUGGCAAAAUUAUGAUGAUCGCGGCAGAUUUUGUUUAUUCCCAAUUCCGAACUUUUCUAUAUUUAAACAGAACAGAGAUCUCGGAAUUUAUGUUUCAGGGGGAUUGUUUGCUUUAGGAUGGUGGUUUUUUAUCGAUUCAGUGGUUUAUUCCAGCAAUAUAGAAGAUGCACCAUCCAUAAAUUUUGAAGAUUGGAUGUGCGGUAUAUCUACUACGUUAGGGAUGAUGGUCGUGAAUUCACUUGACAAAAAUAGUCUUGCUGGUGAUUACUCUAGUUACUCCGGUUAUUCUUCUGUUGAUACAAGGGAUCGAUUGUUUUUAUUUGUAGGGUUUGCGUUAAUGGCAGGCGGAUUGGCCGGAUCUGUGACAAUUUUGAUCCUUAAAUAUAUUCUGGCAAUUGCUAAUUCCGAAUUUUUAUAUUUUGGGAUCGCAUUGGUUAUCCAAAACUUUGCCAUUAUGCUCAGUGCGGUGAUUUUAUGGAUUUCGCAUAAUUCAGGGCCUGAUUAUCCAGAUAGCUAUGGGUUUUAA